AUGACAAAUAUUAGUGAUGAAUGGGUUAGUUUAAAUGUUGGGGGUAAGAUUUUUGAUACAACUAUAUCAACAUUAACCAUUUGUAAAGAUUCAGUAUUAUAUAAAAUGUUUAAGAGAGAAGACUCUGAUAGUUUUACAAUGGAUUUGGGUAAACCACAAAUUCAAGCCUCAAGAAAAGAUAAGAAUGGUGCCUAUUUAAUUGACAGAGAUCCAAUUUAUUUUAGAUGUAUUUUAAAUUAUUUAAGAACUCAACCAACCAAUGCAAAAGAUUUAAUAAUUGAUGAUAAUGUAUCAUUAAAAGGAAUAAGAGAAGAAGCAAAUUUUUUUCAAUUGGAUCAUUUGGUUGAUUUAAUUAAUACACUUUUAACAAGGGUAUCGGAUUUCACUAGAAAAGAUAUACUACUCAAUAGACAAUCAAUUAAAUUGACAAAGAGGAAACUAUAUGAUUUGGAUCUACAAGGCAUCGAUUUCCAAAAGGAGAAUUUCAGCUAUAGUAUCAUUUCAAAUUGUAAUUUCAAUGGCUCACAAGUUAGCAAAUCCCAUUUCUUGCAUGUGGUGGGCGACAAUUGUACUUUCAUUAAAGCAUCUGUUGACAAUACCAAUUUCUCAAGUUCCGAUUUAUGUGGUUCAAAUUUUACUGAUUCCGAUUUGGGUCAUUCAAGUUUCAAUAAUUGUAAUCUCAUUGGGUCAAUAUUUGACCAAUCCAAUUGUGUUGGUGCUCUAUUUCAACGUGCUAUCAUUAAGAAUGCCUCAUUUAAGAAUUCAAAUCUCGAGCAUGCAAAAUUCCAAAAGGCAAUCCUAAAGAAUAGUGAUUUCACAAAUGCUCAAAUUCAAAAUUGUCAUUUCACCUCUGCCGAUAUUCGUGGUUGUAAAUUCGAUUGGAAAAAUAUCUCUUUUGGUCUCUUUAAGAAAGCAAAAGUCACUCAACAACAAUAUGAUGAUAUACCUCUCUCAAAUAAACAUUUAUUAGGUUUUAAAAUUAUUGAUAGUCAAGAAUAUAUUGAAAAAAUGAAUAGAAAAAAUAAAAAUAAUAAUAAUAAUAAAAAUAAUAAUAAUAAUAAUAAUAAUGAACAAAUUAAUAAUAAUAAUAACAAUAAUUCUGUAAAUUUAAAUAAUAAAAAUAAUAAUAAUAAUAAUAAUAAUAAUAAUAAUAAUAAUAAUGAACAAAUAAACAAUAAUAGUAAUAAUAAUAAUAAUAAUAAUAAUAAUGAACAAAUAAAUAAUAAUAAUAAUAAUAAUAAUAAUAAUAACAAUAGUAAUAAUAAUAAUAGUAAUAGUAAUAAUAACAAUAGUAAUAAUAAUAAUGAACAAAUAAAUAAUAAUGAACAAAUAAAUAAUAAUAAUAAUAAUAAUAAUAAUAAUAAUAAUAAUAAUAAUAAUAAUAAUAAUAAUAAUUCUAUAAAUUUAAAUAAUAAUAAUAAUAAUAAUAAUAAUAAUAAUUCUUUAUAUGUGCUGAUAAAUGAUUUCUUUAAAUUAUGUGCCACAGUGAUAGAUGGUUCUAGUAGGAUACUUUUAAUUUUGAAUGUAUUUCCAUUCGUUACAGCCAACGUGUUGUGUAUCAAUUCUUCACCACCAUAUAUUUUCCUAUGUGAAAUUGGUGAGCAUUUAUAUUUUAAUGAAGCUUUGACCAAAAUUUUCUUUACAUGUUCAUAUUCUUCCCAACCUUUUAUAUAUAUUUGGGUUGGUUCCUAUUUGUUUUUGUUUUUUUUAGCAAUAAUUGAAAUGCAGGGUCGUGGAUUUGUUUUAAAAUCUGAUAAUUCUUUUUGA